CUCAAGAUGGCGACACAGUUCAGGUGAAAAUUAUUGGACCACCAAAAAAUUGCGACGGAGCGGAAUCGCGUAUUAGACAUCGCAUUGUAAGUUUUUUAUUUUCGUUCUGUCAAUUGAUAAGGACUAUUAUAUCUUUUACUUAUUCAUUUUCUCAACGUUCAUUGGUUAAUUUUCCUACAAAUAGAAUAAUAUGUCAGCUGCAAAUAACUGGUGCAAAUAAUGGUCUUAGCAUGCGCACUUUUGAAAUCAAUUCUCAAUUGCAAAAUAUCGAUUUACGCAUGCGCAUUUAAGAUUUUUGAACAGCAAUUCAAAUUAAUAAACACAAAUGUAAACAUGGCUUGUUUUACUGAGCUUUCAGAAGGCGACUUGGCGUCUUUGCCAGAAAGAAAAGAUGCAGUGAAUACAAAAAAGUUGUUUUUAUCAAUAUUGUUGUGAUUUUUACCAUAUUUAUUGUGUAUAUAAAAUUAUUAUAAUCUACAACAAUUAAAUUUUCAGAUAUUGUUAUUGUACAGAUUUGUUGAACUUCGUGACCGCCACAAAAUUUCGAAAAUGAAUAAGUAAAUGAUAAAACAAUUAUUGAACUUGGUUAUCGCAAAAUAUCGCGAUUUGUCAGUGGCUCGCAGAUCAAUUAUUUGCCUCUGCCUUUGCAUCGUCAAAUAUUUGAUCUGCUCGCCACUGACAAAUCGCGAUAUUUUCUUCAACCUCGUCCAAUAAUUGUAUAUUUGUAAGAAUGUCAUGACUUUAAAUUUUCUCUUCAAGACUUUUCAUAAACAGAGAAUGAUGAGGUAUGAAUUUGGAGGCGAUAAGCAGUUUGUUUGCUUCGCUUAUAACGAUGAAAAUGAAAAGUUUUGUUUAAAGCUGGGUAGAAGUGCUCCUAAAUUGGAUGGCUUCAUUCACGGACAAAGAUAUAGAAUUGAAACUGACGAUGAUGUCUAUCAGGUACAGUAAAUAUAAAACACAUUCUUAGCCACUUACAUCAUAGUAACAGUUACAAACUAAAACAAAAUCGUAUACUAUUGUUAGUAGAUUAGUAUUUGAUGUUUCAACUGAGUAGUAUAAUAUAGGAAUCGAUAUAAUCGUGAGAUGGCGCAUAUCGUUAGCAUGCAGAACUGCGGUACUCGUGUGCACACGUAAUAAUCUCACAAUUCGUCAACAAGAUGCUGUUGAAUUACUAGGGCCAGUUGUUCAAAUGCCGGUUAGCUUAAUUCUGGGUUAUCAGAUUCUUCAAAGCAAUCUACCCAACAGCAUUUUUUUAAAUAGGGAACUAUUUUUUCUGGAAAUCUUGUCUGGAUCGGCAGAAGUUUUAUUUUCGAAAGUUUGAAACUAAAUAGACAUUCAGAAAUACACAAACCGAAACAGCAGGCUAAAUUUUGACCCAGGGUUAGCGCUAAUCCAGCAUUGAACAAUCGGCCCCUGGACGGUAACAAGUUUUUGGAACUACUUGUAAUAAGUCUGUUGAGCUCAACAACCUUGUAGCAAGUUUUUAACAAGCCGUUGACAACUUGUCAAUAAGCUAGAACAAGCAGUGUGAACACAUCCUGUUGACAAGUUGUUGGAACAACAUUGCCACAAGUCUGCUGCAGGUUUGUUACAACUUUGUGCGUUUUAGGUGAGUAGUAUUCAAGAGCCAUAACUUAUUAAUUAUCAGUGUAUCAAAAUUAUUCAUUUUAUGUCAGUAUCAAAUUAAUCGUUUCUCCAAACAAUAAUAUAGAGGUUCAGAUUUGACUUUCACUACCGCUACCAUAUUAAGGGACCAUCAACCAAUCAGAUGCGUUUGAUAUAUUUGAUUAACCAAUCAGAUGCGUACUAAGCUAGUUAGAAGUAGUGGAACUCAAAUCUGAACCGUCAAAUGAGGUCGUCAACGCGCGAUACAGUUCUUAGGUCAAAUAUAUUCUUCCUUUAAUAUUUAUGAUACAAACAAACUACACGUAUUGUGUAGAUGUUGAUAAAGCCACUUUUAUGGGUUAUGUCUCAUGCUCCUAUGCCCAACACACAAAACUGAAUUAUUAUAGAGAGCGACUUACAGGACUUGGAUUUCAAAUGAAAUGCGAGUUAAUAGGGCUUGUUGCUAUGAACGUUUCGUUUUCCUGCUUUUAUUCAAAAACGAGUACUGUGAUUUGCCGUCAGAUGGCAAUCUAGCAUACUCCGUCUUCAGCAUUAAAAAGAUUUGUUUUUUACAAGUUGGACCACAGAACAUAGUAUAAAAACAGUUAAUCUCAUGUCCUUUUCUCAGAGCGAUAUCAGUGACAAAACAAUAUCAGAAAUUAAAAACCAUCUAUUGACGCCACUACAAAAAUUAAACGAGUUACAGGAUGAGAAGCAAUUGAUGGCUGACUUGUGGUGUCAUUUUGGAAAAGUUUUUGUUACUUGUGUUGAUGAAG